AUGCGUGAAAUAGUUCACUUACAAGCUGGCCAGUGCGGCAAUCAGAUCGGUUCAAAGUUCUGGGAAGUUAUUUCCAACGAGCAUGGUAUCGAUGCCACCGGAGCAUUCCAGGGAGAAUGUGGCGAUCUUCAGCUCGAAAGAAUAAACGUGUACUAUAACGAAGCUUCCGGUGGUAAAUAUGUACCACGAGCGAUUUUGGUAGACCUUGAACCUGGAACGAUCGAUUCCGUCCGUGCCGGUCCCUUUGGACAGCUGUUCCGCCCGGACAACUGUUCCUUCGGCCAGUCGGGAGCAGGAAAUAAUUGGGCCAAAGGACAUUACACGGAAGGGGCAGAAUUGGUAGAUUCGGUCCUGGAUAUUGCACGUAAGGAGGCCGAAAAUUGCGAUUGUCUGCAGGGUUUCCAGCUCACCCAUUCUCUCGGUGGUGGAACCGGAUCUGGCAUGGGAACGCUGCUAAUUUCCAAAAUUCGCGAAGAGUUUCCGGAUCGUAUAAUGAACACCUUCUCGAUCGUUCCAUCGCCGAAAGUGUCCGAUACCGUGGUUGAACCGUACAAUGCUACAUUGAGCGUACAUCAGCUAAUUGAAAAUACGGAUGAAACAUACUGCAUCGAUAACGAGGCACUCUAUGAUAUAUGCUUCCGCACAUUGAAGUUAACCACACCAACGUACAAUGAUCUAAACCAUCUGGUAUCGGCUGCCAUGUCUGGUGUUACGACGUGUCUUCGCUUUCCCGGUCAACUGAAUGCCGAUCUGCGAAAGCUAGCGGUAAAUAUGGUCCCAUUCCCGCGGUUGCAUUUUUUCAUGACGGGUUUCGCGCCACUUACUUCCCGUGGAGCCCAACAGUAUCGUGCUCUCACCGUACCCGAAUUAACGCAGCAAAUGUUUGAUGCUAAAAAUAUGAUGGCUGCAUGUGAUCCUCGUCACGGACGUUAUCUAACGGUGGCGGCCAUCUUCCGCGGGCGUAUGUCGAUGAAGGAAGUCGACGAACAAAUGAUGAAUAUCCAAACAAAGAAUAGUAGCUACUUUGUGGAAUGGAUUCCAAACAACGUGAAGACCGCGGUUUGUGACAUUCCUCCGCGGGGACUGAAGAUGUCCUCCACGUUUAUUGGUAAUUCGACUGCGAUACAGGAGAUUUUUAAGCGCAUUGCCGAACAAUUUACGGCAAUGUUUAGACGCAAGGCAUUUUUGCAUUGGUACACCGGCGAGGGCAUGGAUGAGAUGGAGUUUACGGAGGCUGAAAGUAAUAUGAAUGAUCUUGUUUCUGAGUAUCAGCAGUACCAAGAAGCGACGGCAGACGAAGAAGGCGAGAUGGACGAGGAGGAGGAAGGUGAGCUCCAAUACGUGGACAGAAAAGAAAACAUUAUUUAA